UCCAACGUGUUACUCAACUAUCGUUGGGCACUGUUACAUCGGCAAUAAUGAAGUCAUCAAGUAUUAAAUUAUCAGUUAUUUUGGUGAUGUUAUAUCCUCUAGCCAUUGAAAUGAAAAGUAAAAGAUGUCACAAACAACCAAAUCCUGUUAAAUGUCUAAAUCGACCAUCCUUAUCCUGUGGUAGUUGGAGUAUGAACAUUGCCAUACAUAAUAUAACGGUUGGAAGUAUUGGAAGACUGACUUGCCCCGCGGACCAUUCCCUAAGAGGGAAUGACACAAUAUGGUGUUUGGAAUCCGGCUUAUGGAGUCGGAUAAAAGCUACCUGUGUUCCAGAUGACGUCACCGAACCAUAUUUCCUUUUAUUCGGUGGUUCCCGGUAUUAUUUUGUGAAAGCAGAAUUGCAAACUUAUCCGCAAGCAAAGGCAACAUGUUUAGACAUGUGUGCGACACUCGUGGAAAUUAACAACGAAGCGGAAAAUAACUUCAUUAUAUUAAAUGCAGAGAGGCUGGGACAAGUGUCUCCAUGGAUUGGAUUAGAGUCAAAGGACGGUACUAGUUAUGAAUGGGCAUCCGGAAAUACAACAGAGUCAAACUUGUAUGACAACUGGUCAAAUACGAAUACAAUAAUAUAUGGAGUAGGGAGAUGCGUAUUUAUGAAUGUUAGCAAUAAGGAAUGGUUAUCUAAAGCUCAAAGUACUUGCAAUAGCGUAAAGGAUGAGUUUAUAUGUGAAUUUUUAGAUUUGAUUAAUAAUCACGACAAGACAUAAAGACGAAGAUGACAUCCAACGACUCUUUAAAUAAAAAUUUACAACUAAAGAUAA